AUGCCCUUACCCUUUAAAUUUGAGGGGAAGCGCGUGGUGGUGUUGCAGUGGGUGGUGGCGGCGGCGGCGGCUUCGGCGGAGGUGGUUGUUCUACCGUGUGUUAAUCAAGUUGAGAAUUUUCAGGAUUUGGUGAACAAGCAAAGGAAGUACAUCGAGCAACCGAAAUCUGUGCUGGAUAACGCCAACAGUAGUCCAAGCCCUCCAACUUCUACUUCAACGCUGUCUUCUUCCCUGGGUGGCGGUGGCGAUGGUGAAUUGGCGGCGGAGGUGGUUUCCGGGAAUCCAUGUAUAAAAUGGUCACCGCCGGAAAAUCAAGAAACUAACAGCUCAAAUGUGGGAGUUUUUGAGAACCACCAACUGUUAUCGGAACAGUCUCUGGAUAUCAACGGCGUAAAAUGUGGUGAAAUGGAGGAUUGGGAGAGCGUGCUGUCGGAAUCCGGCCAAGAACAGUCUAUUCUCCGGUGGAUCAUGGAUGAGGUUGAAGACCCAUCAAUGGGUCUAAACAAAAUGCUAAACGGUGGUGGUGGUACGGCGGAUGGUGAACUCACCGUCACCGGCGGGUUUGGUGUUUUUGAUCAAGCUUAUCCAGGGUUUGAUUCGAACAACCCAAUUGGUCAAAUUGGUAAUUUCCACCAGUUUCAAAAAUUCGCUCAUGAGAAAAUUGAGUUAUCUGCAAACCCUCAAACGCCGCCACCGGCGGCACCCGCCAAGUUCGCCGACCACCACCUUCAUAAGAAACUUUCAGACCCUCAAUACGCAAUUUUUUCGCAAUUAAACCCAUCCCAAAUACCCUCAUUGAACGUAAAACCUCAAACUUUAAUCAACGCAUCUCAAUCCGAUAAAAAUUCUACUCCUUUUCUACAAUUAGAACAUCAAACCCUAAUUCCAUCACAACACAAAAGGUACAACACAGGAAGCACAGCAUCCAACUUCCCAACACCAAACCCUUUUCAAUUCCUUCAACAUAAACCUUCGUCAAUCAAGAAAAUAUUCGCCAUUGAUGAACCAGAUAACCAUCAUCAUCAAGGGAUCAUCGAUCAGCUUUUCAAAGCGGCAGACAUGAUCCAAUCCGGGAACAAUCCGAUACUCGCUCAAUCGAUAUUGGCGCGGCUCAAUCAGCUUUCUCCAAUCGGUAAGCCUUUCGAACGGGCUGCCUUUUAUUUCAAGGAAGCUCUUCAAUUACUACUCCAUUCAAUCAUCAACAAUAUGAACCCAAUUUCUUCACCAUUUAGUUUCAUCCACAAAAUCGGUGCUUACAAAGCAUUCUCGGAAGUUUCGCCAUUCGUUCAAUUCACCAAUUUUACGUGCAACCAAUCAAUUCUCGAAGCCCUAGACGGAUUCAAUCAGAUACGUAUCAUCGAUUUCAAUAUUGGGUAUGGUGAUCAAUGUGCAUCAUUCAUGCAAGAACUCGCGCUCAAACGCAAUAACAAUCUUGUCCCCUCGUUAAAAAUCACCGCUUUCGCAUCACCCAUGAAUGACCAUUUUGAACUCAGCAUAACCAGGGACAAUUUGGUCAAUUUCGCUAAAGAAAUCAACAUCGAUUUUGAAUUUGAAAUAGUCAACCUUGAUGUUCUUUUUUUAACUUUUCGUGUAUCUGAUAAAGAAGCAAUCGCCGUGAAUCUUUCUCCAAGUUCCCAAAUCCCGUUUCCGUUAGUUCUUCGUUUUGUAAAAAAUCUUUCUCCAAAAAUCGUUGUUUCUGUCGAUCGAGGGUGUGAAAGGACGGAUUUACCCUUUCCAAACCAUCUAAUCUACGCCCUACAAUCUUUUUCAAACCUAAUUGAGACUCUCGAUGCUGUUAACAUGAAUGUAGACACGCUACAAAAGAUCGAACUAUUCAUGAUCCAACCGAGCAUCGAAAAAAUUGUAACGGGUCGUUAUUCUUUCCCGGAAACGACUCAAAAUUUGAGGGGGCAAUUUUUAUCGGCUGGAUUUUUACCAAUAAGUUUUAGUAAUUUUACGGAAAAUCAAGCGUUGUAUGUGAUCAAAAGGGCGUUUUUGGGAUUUCACAUUGAGAAGCGGCACUCGGAGCUCGUUCUUUGUUGGCAACGUCGGGAGAUCGUUUCGGUUUCGGCUUGGAGAUGCUGA